AUGAAUCCAACACAAGUCCACCUUUAUCUCUUUGGCGACCAGACCUACGACAUCGGGCCUCACCUGAAGACGCUCCUUCUAGAGUCGAAGCGGGACAACGUACUCCUGGGUGAUUUCUUCCAGAGGGCCUAUAAUGCCCUUCGAAAGGAGAUCUACCAGCUCCCGCUUCAGGAGCGGGAUUCCCUCCCGCGCUUCACUUCCGUCGAAGAUCUGGUGCUAUGGAGGGCAAAGUCAUCGGAGGAGGCGAGACAAUGUGUCCCUCUCGACAUGUCUCUAACCUGCAUGUAUCACAUCGCCGCCUUCGUCGCACCCUUCAUCAGCGCUCAUGCACUGCAUGGCAUCACAGUCACUGGCCCACCUUCCUCGCUCGCAAAGCUCACUGCUUCUGAGGAGUUCAAAAAUGUCAAAUACAAGGACAUUCCCAUAUUCGCUCCUUACCAUGCGAAGCACUUGUUCUCCCAGGAGGAUGUACGGGAGAUACUUGAGCAGUUUCCCGAAUCAGAGUUCGCCGGUUCUCCGAAGAUUCCGGUCCUGUCACCAAGCAGUGGGCAGGCACUCGAGGCAGGCGAUUUCCACUCACUCUUGAAGGCCGCAUUAGAAGGGAUCCUCAUGGAGGAGAUCAACUGGGCUGAAACAUUGGGUGGCAUCCAAGCCGCUUUCGAGAAUUUCAAGGACGUUCAACUCAGGGUCAUCCCAUUUGCUACAACUGCGGACCAGCUCAUCAACUCGGGGCUCAAGCAGACCCCCUUGGGAUCUUCACUCCCGGCGCCACCAUCGGGAUCAAAGCCGUCAUUUAAGCAAGAGCCGCCCUAUUCGCCUAGCCCGCCAAGUGCAACCUCUGCUCCAGGAAAACGAUCCAAGAUUGCCAUAGUCGGCAUGUCUGGACGUUUUCCUGGAGCAAACAGCACGGAGGCAUUUUGGGACCUCCUCAAAGAAGGGCUUGAUGUGCACAAGGAAGUGCCGCCCCUUCACUGGAGCAAAUCGACCCAUUAUGACCCAACGGGCCGAGGCAAGAACACCUCUGCCACGCCUUUUGGUUGCUGGCUAGAUGAGCCGGCUGCUUUUGACGCGCGCUUCUUCAAUGUUAGCCCGCGUGAGGCACCACAGAUCGAUCCUGCGCAACGCAUUGCCUUGAUGACAGCAUACGAAGCCAUUGAGCAGGCGGGGAUUGUCCCUGACGCAACUCCAUCCACGCGAAGGGACCGGGUCGGUGUGUUUUAUGGUGUGACGAGCAACGAUUGGAUGGAGACAAAUAGUGCACAGAAGAUCGACACCUACUUCAUCCCUGGCGGCAACAGGGCGUUCAUUCCCGGCCGGAUCAACUACUUCUACAAAUUUAGUGGUCCCAGCUACGCCGUGGAUACUGCCUGCUCAUCUAGUCUUGCUGCGAUCCACAUCGCCUGCAACUCUCUCUGGGCCGGGGACGUCGAUACCGCCAUCUCAGGCGGUACGAAUGUCCUGACAAAUCCAGAUUUUACAGCUGGAUUGGAUCGCGGCUACUUCCUCUCCCGAACUGGCAACUGCAAGACAUUCGACGAUGCAGCAGACGGAUACUGCCGUGGUGAGGGCGUCGGGACUGUUAUUCUCAAGCGUCUUGAAGACGCCGUGGCAGACAAAGACCCCAUUCUUGGCAUGAUCCUCGGGGCUUACACAAACCACUCAGCUGAGGCGGAGUCUAUCACCCGCCCGCACUCUGGUGCCCAAAGGGCGAUGUUCAACAAGAUCCUGAACAGCUCGCAAGAUGCUGUCGAUCCGACAAGUGUCAGCUACAUUGAGAUGCACGGCACCGGAACACAGGCUGGAGAUGCCUCCGAGAUGCAGAGCGUUCUGGAAACUUUCGCUCCUUCGGUCGGUGUGAGGAACGAGGACCAGUCGCUCUACCUAGGAAGCGCCAAGUCCAAUAUUGGGCACGGAGAAGCAGCAUCCGGCGUCUCGAGUCUGAUCAAGAUCAUGCUGAUGAUGCGAGAGAACACAAUCCCUCCCCAUUGUGGCAUAAAGUCCAAGAUCAACCACAAGUUUCCCACGGAUCUGGACCAGCGCAAUGUCAGGAUCGCCCGCGACGGUCCAGUGUCAUGGCAGCGAAAUGCUUCCCAGCCCAGAAGAGUCUUUGUCAACAACUUCAGCGCUGCUGGAGGAAAUACCGCCUUGCUGGUAGAGGAUGCACCUUAUGGUUAUGAUUCGACUUCUGGAGGCAACGACCCGAGAACGACUCACCUCGUCGCCAUCUCCGCCAAGAAUGCAUCAUCCCUUCAGGGAAACCUGCAGUCUUUCUUGCACUUCAUCCAGCAAAAUCCCGAGGCGUCGAUCAGCGAGUUAUCUUAUACGACCACAGCACGCCGUAUUCAUCACCCGCACCGUGUGAUGCUGGCGACUUCCUCCAUCGACGACCUGCGCGUUCAGGUCGAAGCGGCAAUCCGCGACAAGACAGGCGCCAACCGGCCCAAGGCUCACAAGACCGUCUUUGCUUUCACGGGUCAAGGCGCCCAGUUCGCAGGCAUGGGAAGACUGUAUUUCCAGAGCUUCUCUCGCUACAGAUCCGAAAUCCGUCGGCUGGACCAUCUCGGCCAGUCUCUUGGUUUCCCAUCUGUGGUUCCCGUGUUCGAGGCGGACGAGUCGGAGAACAUCCUCGAGUCCUCGCCCGUGGCCGUCCAGCUUGCAAGCAUUUGCAUGCAGAUUGCCCUCACCAAGCUGCUUGCCUCUUGGAAUAUCUUCCCAUCUGCCGUUGUCGGCCACAGCCUUGGCGAGUUCGCCGCGUUGAAUGCAGCUGGUGUGCUAUCUGAUGCGGACACAAUCUACCUUGUGGGCAAGCGAGCGGAAUUGAUGCAGGAGAAGUGCUCACAAGGAACACACUCAAUGCUCGUGGUCAGAGCCUCUGCAAACGAAAUCGAGGCUUCUCUCCGCGGCAAAGACAUCAACUACGAGUUCGCCUGUGUCAACUCCCCCACCGAGACGGUCCUGGCUGGCACUGUCGCCGAAGUCGAAAAGGCAGAAAAGGUCCUUGCCAAGUCUGGAAUCAGGACGACGAUACUCAAGGUUCCUUAUGCCUUCCACUCCUCCCAGGUUGAGCCCAUCCUGGACAAGUUCUGUGAACUCGCCAGUGGUGCAACGUUCUCUGCGCCAAGCAUUCCUGUUAUCCGCCCAUUGAGCGGUACAGUCACCUCAUCACCCGAUGAAGACACGGGGUUCAGCCCAGAGUACCUGGCCAAACACUGCCGUGAGCCUGUCAACAUGCUCAAGGGCCUUCAGACCGCCUAUGAUGAACGCGUCAUCACCAGCGAGACUGUCGUUCUGGAAGUUGGCCCCCACCCUGCUGUCUCAGCCAUGGUCAAGGCAACGCUGGGAUCUCACAUGGUGACACUGCCCACAUCCCAGCGCACCAGCUCUGCCAAGCAGUCCAAGUCCCCCUGGCAAGUCCUUACCGACUCACUCAAGCGGAUGUACUCUGUGGGCGCAGACAUUCGAUGGGCAGAGUACCACCGCGACUUCACUUCGGCACACAGAGUUGUCCCCUUGCCCGCGUACAGCUGGGAUCUCAAGGAUUACUGGAUCCAAUACGUCAACGACUGGUCACUGAGGAAGGGCGACCCUCCACUCAUCUUGUCUGGAGCCUCCCGCCUGGACACGACCACCAUUCACAAAAUUGUGGACGAGACUGCAGGGGCCGAUGGCAACAGUGUCAACAUUGUGGUCGAGGCUGACGUUACUCGGCCCGAUAUGAACCCUCUCAUCCAGGGACACAUGGUCGACAACAUUCCCCUGUGUACCCCGUCAGUCUAUGCCGACAUGGCCCUCUCCCUCGGAAAGUACCUCGCGGAGAAGUAUCAGCCGCAGUUGUGUGACGAUCAGCUGGUGAUUGACGUUGGUGACGUGACAAUAUCGAAGGCGUUGAUAGCCAAGCCCAAGGGGCCCCAACCACUGCAGGCGCGAGCCGAAGUAAAUUGGACUUCGAAAGAAGCUACUUGCAAGUUUGUCUCAUUCGACAGCAAGGGACAGCCGCAGGAGCAUUCCCGCUGCGUGAUCCGCUUCCGGGACAGAUCUCACCAGAAGAAGCUGCAGAAGGAGGCUGCUGCGAUCAAGGAGAAGAUGCAGGCCCUCCGAAAGGGGAUCGCAUCGGAGACGACUGCAAGGUUCAACCGAGCCAUGGUCUACCGGAUGAUCCGCCCUCUUGCCCAGUUCCACCACGACUACCGCGCAAUCGAUGAGGUCGUCCUGAACAGCAACACACUGGAAGCUUCAAGCAAGGUCAGCUUUGGGAGCGUCAAGCGGAACAGGGACGACAGGUUCCACACCCACCCGGCCAUCAUCGACGCGCUGACCCAGAGCUGUGGGUUCGUCAUGAACUGCAAUGACGGCUGUGACCUCGACGUUGAAGUUUUUAUGAACCAUGGGUGGGGCUCGUUCCAGAUGUAUGAAGAGAUCCAGUUCGAAAAGGCAUACACGACCUAUACACGCAUGCAUGAGGGCAAGGACAGGCUCUGGCAUGGAGAUGUCGCUGUCUUUGAUGGUGACAAGAUCGUCGCAAGCUUUCAGCAACUUGCGAUCCAGGGUGUCCCACGACGGGUACUCCAGGUCAUCCUGUCUCUCGAAAGCGGCAAGAAGGCACAGAAGCCCCAGCUCACGUCGUCUGCUCCGGCAGCUAGAGCUGCUCCAUCAGCCGCACCGGCACCUGCUGCGACCGCAACUCAGGCCCAGCCUAGUAAGGUCUCCGCUGCGUUGGAAAUCAUCUCGGAGGAGAGCGGCAUUGCCGUGUCUGACCUGACCGACUCGAGCUUGUUCGGUGACUUGGGUGUCGAUUCCCUGCUGUCGCUGACCAUCACCGCGAGAUUCCGCGAGGAAUUGGACGUCGACAUUGACUCCACCUCAAUGGUGAUGGAAUACCCCUCAAUCGGUGACCUCAAGAAGCUCUUCAAGGGAGAUGCGCAGGAAACGCUUCCAAGUUCGACGCAGGACUUGGGCAGCCAGGUGAAGGAGGCUUACAAUGAUCCUGCGCAGCAAGCCCCUGCCGUCCCGCAACAGUCCACUACUGUCUCGCCGCAGCCCAAUAUUGUCGGACGUGCUCUUCAAAUCGUGUCUGAGGAGAGCGGAGUGGCUGAGGCGGAUCUCACUGAUGACACUCACUUUACGGACAGCGGUAUUGACUCGCUCCUGUCUCUUGUCAUCGUCAGCAGGUUCCGUGAAGAGCUCGAAAUCGACGUCGACCAUGAAUCCUUGCUGAUGGAGUGUCCCACCGUCGCCGAUUUGAAAGCAUUCCUGCUGGGCGGUCAGUCAACACCAUCAGACCAGGGCUCAUCUGACCAGACUGCGUCUCCAAGUGACAGCAGCAUCACCCCUUCCAGCCCUGCUAGCGACCCGGAGGAAGACGAUGAGUUGGUCGAAGUCAAGGCUGAAGACCUCACUCCUCUACCAGACGCCGUUGCAAACGCCAAGUGCACGUCGCUUAUUAUCCAGGGCUCACAACGCACCUGCACCAAGACCAUAUUUCUCUUCCCAGAUGGUUCAGGAUCUGCCACCUCGUACGCCGGCAUACCUCGCAUCGCUACCGAUACUUGCGUCGUGGCCCUCAACUCGCCCUUCCUCAAGGACCCAGAGUCAUUGCGAGUUUGUCCCCUAGACCACCUGAUCUCCGUCUACCUGGCGGAACUCCGUCGCCGGCAGCCCUCUGGGCCAUACCAUCUCGGCGGUUGGUCCGCCGGUGGAGUCCUAGCGUAUCGAACGGCGCAAAUACUAGGAGCACAAGGCGAGCAAGUCGCCAGCCUGACACUGAUCGACUCGCCAACACCAACUACCGGCCUGGACCCACUCCCGAAGCACUUCUACGACUUCUGCAGGUCCUUGCACCUGUUCGGAGGCGGCCAGCAUGGCAAGCCCGCCAGCUCGAGGCAACACACGCACACGUUCUCGGACGCGGAGCAUGACAAGCUCAUCUCCCACUUCAACGCGUCCAUCGACGUGCUGCAUGAGUACCACGCGAAGCCGCUGGGCCGCGAAAAGUGCCCCAAGAAGGUGUCCAUCAUCUGGGCCCCGGACACCAUCACGGACCGACCCGGUGUGAAGAAGCUCGAGCCUCACCCCGACGACACGGAGGGCAUGAAGUUCCUCACCGAGCGGCGAACUGAUUUCGGGGCCAACGGGUGGGACACACUGUUGCCGAGCAGUGAGAUCAGGAUCAGACGGGUCGAGAAUGCGCACCACUUCUCAAUGAUGCGUGAGCCAUUCUCUGCGGAGCUUGCGGCACACAUACGCGAGAAUCUGAGCUAA